ACGGGAGUACGUGAACAUGAAGCGCCGAGUCCGGAUGAACCGUAUGACAGCUGAUUUUUGCAGGUGUAGAUAAGAUGUGUACACCUUUUGGGUACCAACGGCUACUUCACAGCUAUUUUUUUUUUCUCUAUCCGAAGAAUGCACCACUCCCUCCAACUUCACCCGCCUUUCCUUUUUACCUUCCUAUCGCCUAAAACCUCCGCAAAACCCGUCCAAUUCCCCCCCACUCACCUUUCUGCAAAAAUCGACUUCCCCUCCGUCUGCUGCUUCAAAUCCGAUGAAUACCCUGUCGGCGAGGAGGACAACGUCUUUCUUCAAUCAUUCGGACCAAAAGAAAAGGAAUCUGAAGAUGAAGCUCGACGCCGCAACUGGAUUGAGCGAGGUUGGGCUCCGUGGGAGGAAAUCCUCACUCCCGAAGGGGAUUUCGCCCGGAAAUCCCUAAACGAGGGAGAGGAAGUCCCGCUUCAGUCACCUGAGGCCAUUGAAGCCUUCAAAAUGCUACGCCCUAGUUACAGGAAUAAGAAAAUGAAGGAGAUGGGUUUGACUGAAGACCAGUACUACGCUAAGCAGUUCGAGAUUAAGGGGGAAAUCCCCGAGCCUUUGAACACCUUGUGGUCCGGCCCGCUGGUCGUCCGUCAUGUGCCACCUCGGGACUGGCCUCCAAGGGGAUGGGUGGUAGAUCGGAAGGAGCUGGAGUUCAUUAGAGAGGCGCACAAGUUAUUGGCAGAAAGGGUUGACUAUGGUAAUUUGGAGGAGAGGGACGUUGAGAAGUCUGAUGGCUUGAACUUGGACAGAUAUAGUAUGUUCCUGAAGCAGUACAAAGAAUGGGUUGCCGCUAACAAGAAUAGAUUAGAAAAGGAGUCGUAUAAGUAUGACCAAGACUACUACCCUGGUAGACGGAAAAGAGGAGAGGAUUACCUGGAGGGAAUGUAUGAACUUCCAUUUUACUACCCAGGACAAGAGCUAUAUUUGGCGAAGAUGAUUGGCAGUGCUAGCGAACGUGAUGAACUUAUUUCCUUGACCAAGACAAUCUUACUAAAAAUUUGUGCAGGGAAAGUGACUGCAAUACACCUUUAUCAAGGAGCUUUUGUAGAUAUUGGUGGUGUCCAUGAUGGGUGGGUUCCUAUCAAGAGAAAUGACUGGUUCUGGAUUCGACAUCAUAUCAAUGUUGGCAUGCAUGUCAUUGUUGAACUUUUGGUAAAAAGAGAUCCAUACCGGUUUCGGUUCCCAAUUGAGAUGCGGUUUGUUGAUCCAAAUAUAGAUCACCUGACGUUCAACCGAUUUGAUUUUGCACCAAUAUUUCACCGGGAAGAAGAUACCAAUCCAGAUGAGCUACGUCGUGAAAGUGGAAGACCUCCAAUUCCUAUAAAAAGCCCUGGCAUCAAAGUGGAAGAAGAUCCAUUGUUAUCAAAUCACCCUUAUGUGCAGAAGUUAUGGCUGAUUCAUAAUGCUGAACAAUUGCUUUUGGAUGAUAUGGAGUCUAAUCCUGAUAAAUAUGCGGGCAAAAAGUUGACUGAAUUAACAGAUGGCGAGGAGUAUGACAAAGAUAAUCGUGUUGAGUACACUGAAACUUAUUAUCAGAAAGCUCUACUUCCAAAAACAAUUGUGAGACUAAGUGUAAAUGAUCUUGACGUUGAAGCUGCCUUUAUUGAGCGUCAGCAUCAUAUUAAGAUGAGUAAAGAAGCGAAGGGACGAGGAGAGCAAUACAAAAUUACCAAGUUGAGGCGUAAUGUUGAAAUGGAUGAAUAUGACUUCAUCCAUUGGCGUCGAUCAGUGGAGGAAAGAGAGGCUCUUAUCCGAGAUAUUAGCUGCCGUUACGCACUUGGGCUUCCACUGCAAGAGCCUGGGAGGUAUGUUGAUCCUAGCAUUUUACGGAAGGAUCAGUAUGAUCCUGAAAGCCCACUGUAUCAGUAUGACUAUUGGGGAGAACCUAAAAAUUCAGAAAAGAGUAAGCAGGAGCGGAUUACAAAUGCCCACAAUAAAUCAAUAAUCGGAAAUGGUACUGUUCUGUCUGAAAUGUCGUAUGAGGAUUCCAUGAAGCAGCAAAUGCAGAGGGAAGCUCAAGGGGUCGUGGAGAAGGUGGGCGACAAAUUGGGUGAAGACGGAGACAGUGAUGACGAUGAUGACUUCUAUUACAGUAUCCUACUAAGUGACUCAAGUGAGAAUCUUUCCACCCAACCUCAUGUCAAUGGUACUGAAUCUUCUAGCCUGUCAGAUGAAGGAAUGUUUCAGGAUUAGCUAGAAGGGUCUUUGUUCAUGCGCACUGCACUGUCUGUCUAUGACGUUGACAGAGAAUAUUUGUGAGAGGUUGCAGCAUUCCCAUCAUACCUUACUAGUGUAUUGGAAUGCAUCACCUCAUUUGCAUUUAUUGAUUAGUGUUUGGACUAGAUGCGUUUAUUUAUUACUGUACCGGGUGAUAAAGUCAGCUCAAAGAAAAUGGAUGCUUGUGAUGAAAUGGUAAAAUGGAGAUUACUUAAUCUAUGUACUUGGUCAAAU